GUGUUUUGGGGCCCGCGUCCAUGUUCGUCAAUCAAAAGUCAUCAAUCCAUCUAUGAGACUAUAAAUAAUCCACUGUGGCACCCCGUGAAAAAUUGAGAGUUGUUCUCCGCUCGACACCGAUUUUAGGGGUGAAUAUCAAUUAACGAAUUCCCCUCCUCACUGAUAGAAGUUUCUAAACUCGCUACUUCCCAAGUGAUCUAAAUAGCAGCGGCAGCUGGAUCGUCGAACAAGAAACCAGAACGAAAAAACUAAAAGAAAAAAAAACCCCUUCAUAUCCCGUUGAAAAUGGCUCAAGAGUCACUCUCAGAAACCCCAGAUGUCUCGCCGUCUUCGUCUACUGCUCAAUCGCAGCCAGAUCCAUCUCUUUCAAGGAACGGUUCUUUUAGCCGGCUCAACGCUCAGGCACCAGAAUUUGUACCCACUCGAGCCACCCCGCGGACCGAUUUGCAACAACCUAGGCUCGUAGUACCUCCUCCUCCUCCUCCUCCUCCUCCGGCUUCAGGUACGGUGCAUGUUUACUCACCGCCCCCAACUUCGCCGUUCCAUAUACCGAUUCAAGGUCAUGUCCCGGUCGCUAGUCAAGUCGUCCCGGUCCAGAAUCACCAUCAUCAUCUUGCCCACAGGCAUCACGUUCCAGUUCACUACCGGUCUCAUCAUCUCCCGCAUCAGUAUUAUGUUAGCUCUGAUUCCGGUGUGCAGCAAGUUCAGCAGUCUCAAGUUGAGCCAGAUCAUUCUCCUUCUUCUAAAAGCAAGCUGUCCGAUGAAGCUAGUCAGAAAAUUUUGAAUCAGGUGGAAUAUUAUUUCAGUGAUUUAAACUUAGCUACUACCGAUCAUUUGAUGAGGUUCAUCAACAAAGAUCCUGAAGGUUUUGUGCCAAUAUCUGUUGUUGCAUCUUUCAAGAAGAUUAAGGCCCUCAUAACUAGUCACUCUCAACUUGCAACUGUUUUGAGGAACUCAUCAAAGCUUGUAGUUAGUGAAGAUGGAAAGAAAAUCAAGCGUCAGUAUCCCCUGACCGAGUCUGAUAUAGAAGAGCUACAAUCUCGCAUUGUUGUAGCUGAAAACCUACCUGAGGAUCAUUGCCAUCAGAAUCUUAUGAAGGUUUUCUCUGCUGUUGGGAGUGUGAAGACUAUCCGUACAUGUCCACCUCAAACCUCCAAUAGCGGGGCUUCUUCUGCUUCUAGAUUGGGAAAAGUUGAUGGCAUGUCUUUAUCUAACAAGUUGCAUGCAUUUGUUGAAUACGAAUCUGUUGAGCUGGCUGAGAGAGCAGUUGUUGAGCUGAAUGACGAGGGAAACUGGAGGAGUGGCCUCCGGGUUCGUCUAAUGCUUAGACGCAUGUCGAAACCUGCUCAAGGAAGGGGGAAGAAAGGACUUGAUGUUGAAAUUAGCUGUGAGGAGGAUUAUACUUUCGUGCCUGAGCCGCAGCCAAAUGAGAAACAAUUAGAAGAUGCUUCCUUUCCAGAUAUUCAGCUGCAUGAACAUGUGGGAGAAGAAUAUGGUUAUGACAAAGAGAGUGGGCAGAGGAAAGGCCGUAGCCGGGGCCGGGGUAAGGGACGUGGCCGGGCUCACUGUCAUCAAAAUAAUCGGGUGAAUCACUUGGGAAUACCCUCCUCCAAUAAUUCAAUUUUAACUGAGCAAGUCGUUGCCAAGCAACCUCCCGGGCCCCGUAUGCCAGAUGGAACAAGAGGAUUUUCUAUGGGUCGGGGAAAGCAGGUCGCUGUUAAUAUAGCAUAAUAUUGUUUAAUCAAUAGAUUAACCAAGUUUGUUGUUGUGCUUGUAGUGAGUAUAUGUUGGUGCUGGGACAGAAAGAUUGUAGCAGUGCUUGUAUGUGGACUGUAUUGCUGUCGCAUAUUUAAAGGGUAGACCAGAGUGGGUAGUCAGCACAUGAGAUAAAAAAUCGUGUUAAAAUGUAGACGUGAUGAUAUUAGGCUUCUUUGUGUUUUUUAAGAAAAAAUGC